GCUUAAUAUUGUGUAAGCCCAUUCCAAAUCGUUCUACGCAGUCGUUAAUUCUACCGCUCGCUUUUGAUACCCGAUGUGUACGACCCUCGGAUGUUUUUCAAAAAUUCCGACCGACAUGGUGUUUUCUACAGCAAAAGGAAAACGAGUGUGCUUUCUUUCGGGCUUUGAAAGGAAAUCAAGCAACAAUGAUAUUUGUUAUCGGCCACUGGAAAACAAUUACCAAAGUUUAAUGAAUGAACGGACUUGCAAAUCGCCGGUUGAGGUGUCUAUAUUUCUGGAUUUUGACUGCUGUAGUUUGGCAAAGCCCAAUAUGUAAGUAAAUAGAAUGACAGGGGGAAAUGUAGACCAGGGGGUUCCGAUAACAUAUCCGGCGGAUAUUCCAUUGUUGAAGCGCAACUCGAAUGCAAAGACUAAUAUCAAAACACAUCUAACAACACAAUACACAUACCGAUCGACUCAAACAGAUUGGAUGUUUUCAAGGAGGUCCGUGCUCGAUGUAAACAAAAUCAGUGAGUGCGUUCCGAUCGACUAGUAUUUACCGUUCUCGCAUCGUUCGAAAACAUGGCAGAUACCGCAGCUCCCGCGAAAAAGAAGGUUUCCAAGCCCAAGGUGCCCGCAGCGCACCCAAAAUACAUCGACAUGAUCAAGGCUGCCCUCGGGUCACUGAAAGAGCGUGGUGGAUCUUCUAGACAAGCCAUUCUUAAGCACCUGAUGGCCAAUUAUAAAGUGGGCAAUGACGUCAACUCCAUCAAUGCCCACCUCAAAAUGGCCCUUAAGAAUGGAGUCAAAAAGGAUGCUUUGAAGCAAGCCAAGGGUAAAGGUGCCAGCGGCUCCUUCAAGCUUGGGGAUAAGCCCAAGGCUGAGCAGAAGCCUAAAGCCAAGAAAGUAGCCAAACCAAAGGCUGCCAAACCUAGGAAGGCUGCUGCUGCCAAGCCCAAGAAGGCGGCCGUAGAGAAAAAAGUGAAGAAGACGCCAAAGAAACCAGCCGCACCCAAGAAGGCCAAGACUCCCAAGAAGAAGGCGGCAGCCAAGUCCCCCAAGAAGUCCACUGCCAAGGCCCCCAAGAAGGCCAAGAAGCCCGCCGCCAAAAAAUCCAAGACCCCCAAGAAGGCCGUCGCCAAGAAAUAA